AUGCUGCGACGUAUUUUGUUCGGCAGCGGCAGUGGCGCUGGGUCCGGCAGCGCUGCGACGCUCGCGGGGCUGAAGUACGAGCUGGUGACGGAGGCGAAGUCGCUGGAGCCGACGAUUUCUUCGAUGUUGCGGGAGACGGAGAAGCGUCAGGGUCUCCUCGACCUCCCCCCGUAUAACAAGCGGGAGUUUGGCAUGCGCGCCAAGACGAAGGACGGCAAACUGGCUGGGGCUGUCUACGGCCACACCAAGUACAACGAGGCGCACGUUGCCCUGCUCGGCGCCAACCCCGAGUGCAGAGUUCACGGCGCCGGCUCGAUGUUGCUGAAGGAAUUCGAGAUACUGGCACGUACGAAGUACGAUUGCAAUCGAUUGGCCCUCGAAACCUUCAGCUGGCAGGCCCGCCCCUUCUACGAAAAGGUCGGCUUUGAGGUGUUCGGCGUGCAGAAGAACCAGCCGAAGGGCCACGAUAAGUACUUCAUGGAGAAGGUGUGGCCAGCGGAGAAGAACAGCGAGCCGGUGACGUGCUACACAAAUGCCACCAGCGAGCUCGUGGUGGAGGAUUGGGCUGCUGACGCGGCGAUGAAUCAAGUGCUAGUGUGGCUCAACGAGGAUGCACUGCGACGCAACAUUGGGGUGCCGUCGUAUGACAUGGUGCCCUACGGCUUACAGGUGAAGGACGCGGAUGGGGCGCUGGUGGCGUGCUGCCUGUACGAGACGUGGUGGAAUGAGUUGCACCUGGACAAACUUGUGGUGGUGCCGGAGAAGCAGCGGAAAGGCAUCGGUUCGGCGGUGCUGAAGCGGUUGGAGGAGGUGGCGCGGGAGAAGAAGCUGCAGCAGAUGAUAGCGGACGCGAUGAGCUGGCAGGCGCACUCCUUUUACGAGAAACACGGCUUCAAGGUGUUUGCGACGCAGAAGGAUCUCCCGAAGGGCCACUCGCAACUGCGUCUACUUCGCGUGUUGGAAUAA